UUGAAAAUGAGCAAAUUUAAAGCGGCUGCAAUUCAGGCUGCUGCGGCUGAGAAUCCCUCCUCCGAUAAACUAACAUCAAAUGAACAAGAACCAAAAAACGCCUUCUCCAAUAUUGUGACGAAAGCGAUGGAGGCGAAAACUUGGCGAAGUCGACUAUCCAGUCUGUUAAGAGAUAAAACAAAAUUUGGUGAUGAUGAUUCAGGAGAGAUGCAAUUUCAAGCCAUAUUUCACACUGAGAAAAACGAACCAAGUGAUCAGGUUUUGCGUGAUCUUGAAACUCAAGAAGAAAAUCUUUGGGAUGUUGUUGAUCAAGACGACGAGGCUAUAGAGGAAUAUGCAUCCAAUGAACUCAUGGGAAAUCUCUUAUCUAAUAAAUAUUUUCGUUCAGCGAUAUUGGCAGCUAUUCUUGCCAAUAGUCUAUUGAUUGUUGUUGAAACGGAUCAAGAACUGGAAAGAAGAUACAAGCAUUUAUUUUCAGUGCUGGAUCAAUGUUUGAUGACUGUGUUUGUUUGUGAAAUAUUGUUUAAAUGGUAUCAUGGUUUCUUCAUGUUCUGGAAAAUGGGAUGGAAUAUCUUGGAUUUCUUUAUCGUUGUUGCGCUGCUUCUUGGACCACUUCUGACUGGAUCAGGAUCUGGAAGCAGAGGCGUUUUGAGAAUACUCCGAGUAUUGAGAGCUUUUAGAAGUCUAAGAAGUAUCACUUCGUUGCCAGGUCUACAAAUUGUGGUACAAACAAUCUUACAAUCCAUCCCAGAUAUGGCGAAUAUUGUCCUGUUGCUGGUAAUAAUAAUGCUGGUAUUCUCAGUCAUUGGAAUUACUUUAUUCAGAGAUUCAAUACCAGAGCAUUUCAGCAACUUGUCAACUGCCAUGUUUUCACUUUUCAUAUGUUUGACAAUGGAUGGUUGGAUUAAGUUAAACGAAACCUUUCUUGCAAGUGGAGGGAUGACGUAUGUUGGUGGAACUUUAUAUCUGAAUACUUUCAUUGCAAUUGGAGCUUUCGUUUUUGCAAACUUGGUGGUCGCUGUUGUUGUUACGAACCUCGAAUUUGCAAUGGUGGAUGUGAAGACUGAAGAACGACACGGACAUGAACACGAAAUUUUAUUGGGAAAAUAUGAAAACGAUAAGGACAUCACCACACCUAUUACAAAGGCUGACAAUGUUUCUCCGCAUGUUCUCUUCAACCAAAAGCCUUACCAAUUACCAGAAAUGAAUGAUAUCAACACUCGAACGGAAGAAUUGGAGAAUUUUUUUCUUAUUCUCGCAGCAUUUGAAGACAAUCUUGCUCAAUAUAUGAACAUCAAAAAUCAAAUCAUAGAGAUAUUUGGGUGUAUUUGUGAUCUGCAUAAAAGAGCAAGACUGGAAGGAAUGUUACGUGAAGCUGAUGAAGCACGUGCUGCGGGGGAGAAUGCACGUGAUAAAGUACUCAAUCUCGAAGGUGAUAUCUUGUCCAAUCUGAUAGAACUAGAAGAAAAUAAAAUGAUCAGUUCAAAACGUCGCAGUUUGGACAACUUGAUUCGAGGUGGUGCAACAGCAUUAUCAAGCACGACAUCUCAUAAUAACAUACCUGCAAGUAUCAUUCUGCCUGCUAAACCUUCGCCACACUCGCAAAAUAAAUGACUGCAGUGGAUGAUGAACAUAAACAGAACAUUGGCAUUCAUUGUGCUUAUUUGUUAUA